AGCCGCGGAGGAGAAGGGCCCGGCUUGGGACCCAUAGAAGGGGGACGGGGCGGGGCCUGGCGGCUGCGCUGCCCCUCGGAGUUCGAGAGGCAGACCUGCACGCCUCCGAUCCUCUGUGCGCAGCCCCGCACCUGCUACCCUCGGCUGCCCCGGGGCGCCGCUGUCAUGCGGCUAGCGCUGCUCUGGGCCUUGGGGCUCUUGGGCGCGGGCAGCCCUCUGCCGCUUCCAGAUACAGGUGGCACCAAGGAGAGGGCAAUUCCAGAGAGAGCCCUAGGUGGGCCCUUGCAGCCCCAGAUCCUUCAGGACAAUCUCACGCUCAGCCUAGCAGAGGUGCUUCAGACCAGCCUGCCAGAGGCUUUGCAGAUCAAGUUGGAGUUGGACGGUGAGAGUCACAUCCUGGAGCUACUACAGAAUAGGGAGCUAGUCCCAGGCCAGCCAACCCUGGUGUGGUACCAACCUGAUGGCACCCGGGUAGUCAGUGAGGGACACAGUCUGGAGAGCUGCUGCUACCAGGGGGGAGUGCAGGGCCAUGCAGACUCCUGGGUCUCCAUCUGCAUCUGCUCCGGGCUCAGGGGCUUGGUGAUCCUGUCCCCAGAGAAAGGCUAUACCCUGGAGCUGAGGUCUGGGGACCUUCAGGGUCCUCCCAUUAUCUCCCGGAUCCAAGAUCUCCUCCUGCCAGGACACGCUUGCGCCCUAAGCCGGCAUGAACCUGCGCCCACUUGGGCUUCAGCAGGGCACCCCCUGCGACAGCCUCGAAUUCAUCGGUGGAGGCGAGACGUGGUAACAGAAACCAAGAUUAUUGAGCUAGUGAUUGUGGCUGAUCAUUCGGAGGUCCAGAGGUACCCAGACCACCAGCAGCUGCUAAACCGCACACUGGAAGUGGCCUUACUCCUGGACACAUUCUUCCAGCCCCUAAACAUACGAGUGGUGCUGGUGGGCCUGGAGGCGUGGACCCGACACGACCUGAUAGAGAUAAGCCAAGACCCAGGUGUCACGCUACACAACUUCCUCCGCUGGCGCCGGGCCAGCUUACUGCCUCGUUUGCCCCAUGAUAGUGCCCAGCUGGUGACAGCUACUUCAUUCUCUGGGCGCAUGGUGGGCAUGGCCAUUCAGAGCUCCAUCUGUUCUCCUGACUUCUCAGGAGGUGUAAACAUGGACCACUCCAUAAGCAUCCUGGGAGUUGCCUCUUCAAUAGCCCAUGAGUUGGGCCACAGCUUGGGCUUGGACCACGACUCACCUGGGAACAGCUGCCCCUGUCCAGGCCCAGCCCCAUCCAAGAGCUGCAUCAUGGAGGCCUCCACAGAUUUCCUGCCAGGCCUGAACUUCAGCAACUGCAGCCGACAGGCCCUGGAGAAGGCCCUCUUGGAUGGGAUGGGCAGCUGCCUCUUUGAACAGCUGCCCCGCCUGCCCUCCAUGGCUACCGUCUGUGGAAAUAAGAUUUCGGGGCUGAGCAAGCAGUACAACUGUGGCUUCCCAGAUGACUGCACUGAUCCCUGCUGUGAUUCUGUCACCUGCCAGCUGAGGCCAGGAGCACAGUGUACAUCAGAUGGACCCUGUUGUCAAAAUUGCCAGCUGCGCCCGGCUGGCUGGCAGUGCCGUCCAGCAAGAGGUGACUGUGACUUGCCCGAGUUCUGCUCAGGAGACAGCUCCAGGUGCCCUCCUGACAUCAGUCUGGGGGACGGCGAGCCGUGUGCUGGUGGACAGGCUGUGUGCAUGCAAGGGCGCUGUGCCUCCUAUGCCCAACAGUGCCAGGCUCUCUGGGGACCUGGGGCCUGGCCUGCCGCACCACUCUGCCUCCUCACUGCCAAUACUCGGGGGAAUGCCUUUGGGAACUGUGGGCGCAGCCCUGCUGGCAGUUAUGUGUCCUGUGACCCUAGAGAUGCCAUUUGCGGGCAGCUCCAGUGUCAGGGGGGCAUGGCCCAGCCUCUGCUGGGUUCAGCCCAGGACUUUCACUGGGAGACACUAGAAGCCAACGGGACCCAGCUGAAUUGCAGCUGGGUACACCUGGACCUGGGCAAUGAUGUGGCCCAGCCCCUCCUGACUCUACCUGGAACAGCCUGUGGCCCUGGCCUGGUAUGCAUUGACCGUCGGUGCCAGCCUGUGGAUCUCCUGGGAGCACAGGAGUGUCGAAGCAAAUGCCAUGGGCAUGGGGUCUGUGACAGCACUAGGCACUGCCGCUGUGAGGAGGGCUGGGCACCCCCUGACUGCAGCGCCCGGGUCAGAGCCUCCAGCUCCCUGACCACAGGGCUGCCCCUCAGCCUCCUGUUGUUGCUGAUCCUGGUGCUGCUUGGUGCCAGCUACUGGCACCGUGCCCGCCUACGCCAGCGACUCUGCCAGCUCAAGGGACCCAGCUGCCAAUACAGGGCAGCCCAGUCUGGUCCCCAAGAACGCCCAGAACCCCCACAGAGGGCCCUGCUGAUGCUGGGUGCCAAGCAGGCUAGUGCACUUGGCUUCCUGGUUCCCCCUUCCAGGCCACUGCCUCCUGACCCUGUGUCCAGGAGACUCCAGGCUGAGCUGGCUGACCGACCCAAUCCCCCCACACGCCCUCUGCCUGCUGACCCGGUGGUGAGGCACCCGAAGUCUCAGGGGCCUGCCAAGCCCCCACCACCAAGGAAGCCACUACCUGCCAACCCCCAGGGCCGGUGCCCUUCAAGUGACCUGUCUGAUCCAGGAGCUGGAAACCUACCCCUGGUGGUACCCUCCAGGCCUGCGCCGCCACCGCCACCAGGGGUGACCUCCCUCUACCUCUGAACUCUCCUGAAGUUUUGCCUGCCUCCAGGACUUAAAGAGGCAUGGACAGGUUUCAUGGAGUACACCCACACACACACUCAGCAACAAUGGAAGGAGCCAGCGCCUGGACACAAAGGAGCAGGUGUCUGAAGUCACCUCCACAAGCUGCUGAGCAUCACCCUGGGGACCAGCCCAUGCAGUUGCAGCUGAGGGUUAGGGAGCGCUGGGCGCUGGACCUAGCUGAAGGAGGUGUGCACAGCCUGUCUCUCUGCUCAGUUACAAUAAAUGAAAGAUCUCCGGGG